AUGGGUCAAAGCUCAUCAAAAAAACGAGAGUUACGAAGCGCGCCUAGUUCCGCGUCGAUGGUAGAGGAAAAAGAUGCUAAUAUCUCUAAUAAUGACACCAUUGGCUCGGUUAGUGGAAAUGCAUCUGAUAUCGUAGCGAACGGAUCUUCAGAGGGAAACAACACACCAACAUUACCAGCCUCACCAACAAUGGAACCAAUCCUUCGACGUCCAACUUCCUUGGGACCGUCCGGUAACGGCAACGAUCUCUUUAGCAACGAUGUCACUCUAUCAUCUACCAUAACAAUCGGCCAUCAUAAUCAAAAAGAUAGUACCAAAACCAUUAAUAUCGAUGAUAUGAUACAACGAUUACUUAUAGCCGGAAACUCUAACAAAGUGUCAAAAUCCGUGUGCCUUCGCAACGCAGAAAUAUCCGGAGUCUGUCAAUUAGCACGUGAAGUCUUUUUAUCACAACCAUCUCUUAUAGAACUUUCCCCACCAGUAAAAAUCGUCGGAGACGUCCAUGGGCAAUAUUCUGAUCUUAUCCGAUUAUUUGAUAUGUGUGGAUUUCCACCAGCAGCCAAUUAUCUUUUUCUAGGAGAUUAUGUAGAUCGUGGCAGGCAGAGUCUGGAGACUAUAUUGUUAUUGUUUUGUUACAAAAUUAAGUAUCCGGAGAAUUUUUUCUUGCUAAGAGGAAACCACGAGUGUGCGAAUGUAACACGAGUCUAUGGCUUUUACGAUGAAUGUAAGCGUAGAUCAAGUGUCAAAAUAUGGAAGACGUUUGUUGACGUUUUCAACUGUCUACCGAUUGCGGCGGUCGUGGCUUCCAAAAUUUUCUGUGUUCAUGGUGGUCUCUCACCAGCUUUAUCUUCUAUGGACGAAAUCCGUCAUAUUUAUCGUCCGACCGAAAUACCGGAUUAUGGGCUGUUGAAUGAUUUGCUCUGGUCUGAUCCAUCUCUAAACGUAGAAGAGUGGGAAGACAAUGAACGUGGAGUGAGCUAUUGCUUUGGGAAAUCGAUUGUGAACGAGUUCUUAAAAAGGCAUGACUUUGACCUUGUCUGUCGUGCUCAUAUGGUUGUUGAAGAUGGAUACGAGUUCUUUAAUGACAGAACUUUGGUAACAGUGUUCUCUGCACCGAACUAUUGUGGCGAGUUUGAUAAUUAUGGUGCGGUAAUGGGUGUUAGUGAGGACUUGUUGUGCAAUUUCGAAUUGCUUGAACCGAAGCCGCUCAAGUCAAAGACGAAACCAGGUUACGUGCCGCAUAGUCCGCCAGUCAAGGGAGUUCCCCAGUCGGUGUGA